AUGUUGGGGCUCCUUUCUAAAGAUGUAGCAGGAUCCUUCCAAAGAAGCGACCAAGGAGACCGAUGCCUCCUGAUCGCUAUGGAUGACUUAACCAAGUGGGGGGAAGCCUACGCCAUACCCAAUCAGGAGGCGAGGACCAUAGCUGAAGCUCUGGUGACCAAAUUCUUCUGCUGCUUCGGCAUACCUCAGGAGUUGCACAGUGACCAAGGCCGUAGCUUCGAGUCUCAUCUUCUACAAGAAGUUUUGCAACGCCUGGGAGUGAGCAAGACGCACACCACGCCCUUGCACCCACAGUCGGACGGCAUGCCGGAACGCUACAUUAAGACCAUCGAGGAGCACUUGCGGAAGGUCGUCGCAUUCCACCAGAAGGACUGGGAUGAGAGCCUAGUGUUCGGACGAGAACUCCGACUGCCCUGCGACCUCCUGUUUGGAGUACCCCCAGACAAGGAACUACCCACAAUCGAGUAUGCGGCAGACUUGGUGGAUCACCUGCACGACAUCCACAAUUAUGCCCUGAAACACCUGAAGCUCGCCAGUGACCGGACGAAAACUCGGUACGAUAUACUGGCCAACUCCACAGGUUACUACGAGGGCGACAGAGUGAACAGGGAUGCUUCCAUUAGAUUGAAGCACACUUCGCUUCGAGCUGGUAGUGAUGCAACCAUGAUUCGUCCCCAGUAA